AUGGCGGCCGCAACGACGGAAAAGAAGAAGCCGAGUGCUAUGCGCUCAGUCUUAGCUGGUGCACUGGCUGGAGCCGUAGAGAUUUCAAUAACAUAUCCCGCCGAAUUCGCAAAGACACGAUCACAACUUAAUCGCCGGUUAGGGGAAGGGAAGAAGCUGCCAUGGCCUCCGUUCGGGAGAGAAUGGUAUGCCGGGUGUACAACGUUGAUUAUUGGGAACGCCCUCAAGGCUGGAAUCCGAUUUGUGGCAUUCGACACGUACAAGGCCAUGCUCGCCGACGAAAACGGCAAAGUGUCGGGACCAGGAAACGUGAUAGCAGGUUUCGGAGCCGGAGCUACAGAGUCAUUACUGGCACCGUUCAGGAUCGACGACCGCAAGUCGGGCAAACCUAGAAUGUAUGGCUUCAUCCACGGCUCCAAAAUCAUAGCGCAAGAGAAGGGCAUUCGCGGCUUCUUUCAAGGCUUCGUCCCUACGACAGCACGCCAGGCCGCGAACUCUGCCGUACGCUUCUCCAGCUAUACGACACUGAAACAACUAGCACAAUCGUACGUUAAGCCGGGCGAGAAGUUGGGGGCUGUGAGCACCUUCGCUCUGGGAGGGAUGGCGGGCAUCAUAACGGUGUAUGCUACUAUGCCCCUGGAUACGGUGAAGACGCGCAUGCAAUCCAUCGAAGCACGCGCUGUGUACAAAAACAGCUUCCACGCCUUCGCCAAAAUCUUCAAGGAGGAAGGGCUUCUUGUCUUCUGGUCCGGCGCCCUGCCCCGCUUAGGCCGCCUCAUUCUAAGCGGCGGCAUCGUAUUCACCAUGUACGAGAAGUCCAUGGAAUUUUUCGACCGUAUCGAUCCUCAGGGUCGGUACAUCUAA